AUGGACUGGAUAAAUCUGCUCUUGGCCAUAGGCCUGGCGCACAGCGUGCGGGCUGCUCUUGUAUGGAAUACAGGUGGCGAUAUAGCGAAGCCACCCAAGCGCAAACAUAAGCACAAAACCAAGCCGAAGCGCAAGCCUAAGCCGCCGCCCGAUGAUGACUACAAGGACUUCUUUGAGGAUUCACUGGCACGCCGUUUACAGGAGCAAUCGUUGCUUUCACGUACCAAGUUCUACAAUAUACUCAGUCGACGAUUCGAACAGCAUGGAUUUGGCAGCGGCGAAGACUGCCUACUACGGCUCAUUUGCGAGGUGAAUAGCGGCCCAAUAAGUGAGCUAAAUGGCGUUCUGGGCAGCUUGAUGCAAGUGAUGUUCAGUCCCAGCAGCUCGAAGUACGAGGCGUUGCCCAAGGCCUACUACGAAGCGGAGCGACAUGGCAAAAGCGACAAUUGCCAAAACUACUCGACCAAGUGUACACGCAGCGUAUUGGAUUUGAUCACGCGCCCCCUAGUUGACUACAUAGGCAAUAAAACUGCUUUGCUGUAG